AUGCCAAGGCGAGGAGGAGGAGGAGGAGGAGGAGGUUGGCUUGGGCGCGAGUCCCGCUCUGCGGCAGCAUCCGCCACGGCCAGCAGGGGGCGCCGGAGGGGCGGGAGCAGCUCCCGGGCGCCUCCCUCCCUCCCUCCCCGCCUGGCCUUGCCUUGCCUCCGGGCCCCCCUCGGGGACUCUGUCUCGCUCCGGACGGCUCCUGGAGCGGCCAUGGCGAGCGGGGCGGCUUCGGCGUUCGCAGGGCUCCUCGUGGCCCUUUCCGUGGCCGGACGGGGCGCCGGAGCAGGAGCUGACGAAUGGGUGGUGGGGGAACUUGGAGGGGAGGUGACCCUGACAUGCCAGAACGCAUCGUGGCAAGCGGUCCAGGUGGACUGGUUUGAGGGGGAACCAGGCACCAUCCCCAUCCUCUUGUCCUCAGAAGGCAAGUUCCCUUCCGACACUCGCUUCUCUUUACUGGAAAAUGGCUCCUUGCACAUCUCAGGAUUGCGCCUGGAGGAUGAAGGCAACUAUACCUGCAAGGAAACGUUGAACAAGAUCAGCAGCCUGCACAGGAUCCAGCUGUUCGUAGCCAGUGGACCUGAAAAAGUGGAUGUCAGCAUCUCCCCCACCAUGGCAUUGCCAAAUGGCACACUCUAUGCAAAAAGACACGAUAUCCUCAAUUUCACAUGCACCAGCGACUCCUGGCCUGAACCCACAACCGAAUGGGAUUUCAACCAGUCCAGUUCCCUACAGGAGCUGUUCACAGAGGUCAAUGACACCCUGGGCUACUUUGUCCUCCAUAACAUUUCACCCAGGUACCAAGGGAAUUACUCAUGUUUGGCAACCAACUGGCUCAGUGGCCGCCAGCAGAUUGUGACCCGUGAACUCUUGGUCUAUUAUGCCCCUCCGUCAUUACCCCAGUGCUGGGCACAGACUCCCACAGAAGGCUCUGGAGGGGUGCAGUUGUUCUGCAGCUGGCCAGGGGGGUACCCUCAUCCCACUCUCCAGUGGACAGACCCAGAGAAGCUGAACUGGACUCUCAAUAUGACUGACAGAGGAGACACCACUGUGGUGACACUGAACCACACACAGCUGCUCCAUGGGAAGACGUUUGUGUGCCACGGGAGCCACAUUCUGAAUCAGGAGAAACAAGCUUGCACCAUCCAAUUGGAAAGACCUUCAGUCAUGUCUGACCCACUGCGGAGCUGCUUCACAGGAGGAACUGCCAUUCUGACCUGCCAGUCAACCGCGGGCAACCCGCCAGGCCAAAUCACCUGGCUACGCAAUGCAUCCCAGCCCAAGGCGACGAUCCAUUCUGGCGGGAGGUUUCUCAUCAGCCAAAAGGGCAACGUCUCCACACUUGUCAUCCAGAACUGCUCCCAUGGCACAGACCAGGGCUACUACAUCUGCAAGGUUGAGAACCCCCUGGGGCUGAAGGAGGUGUACCUUCAACUCACCGUGACCAGGCCGGUGAACAUUGCAGGUAUUGUGGGAGCAAUUGUUGUCCUAUUACUUGUGGCCGUUCUGAUCUUUUCUGGAAUCAUCUUAUUUGCUGGACCCCAUUUGGGCCCCAAAGGCAACAUGCUCAGAAAUCGAGAUGGAAGUGAUAUCCUUGUAUUGAUGGACUCAGAAGAAGAAGAUCAACCAAUGGAAACAACUGAGGAGCCUGCUUUGUAUCAGACGGUGCCAAAUGGCAGUCCUCCAAAGUCUUCUGAAAAUCCCCUUGCCAAAGAGUCUGCUGAAAUAUUACUGCAUGAGAUCAAAAGAGAUGCAGAAUACACCGCAUAAGGGAGUUCUCCAUUUUAUAUGUGAAAAACCAAGGCAUCCUCCCCAGAUGACUCUAUCCAGACCUAGGCCAAGAGGAACUUAUCCUGUUGGCAGCCAGCUCAUGCAGUGCUCCAAGUCAAGUUUUGAUCCUUUGCUUGCCUUUCCUACAUGUUGUAGCUCUCCCGCUUUUGAUUCUUCCCUCUGUCUCCAUGCUGGACAGGGAGUUUGUAACUUAAAACCCACAAUACAGGAAACAGGUCUAGAUGCAGAGAACAGGAGUACAGUGGGUUCUUCAACUGUAGCAUGGUGUAGAAUCAAGAUCAUUUAGGAAUGAGCUUCAGUGGGCAAGAAGUACCUUGAGCACCAGGAAAGGCUGGAGAAAAACAGGGUGGGAUAAUAGAUCUUGACCACAAUCCUAUUUGUCUCAUUGGGAUCUUUCUUGGGAAUUGUAGUGGAUGCUUCCUUGUCAGUUGCAUUAUUAUGUGUAUUUGCAGGUGAGUGGAAGCAACCAGAAAGACUUUAUUUCUCUUGUGACCCUAAGCAAGCAACAGAUGCUUAAGAUCCUCCCUUUUGGGUCAGAUUCUCUCUCCUGGGACCUUCAGCACUAGAUGAAUAUCAAGAUGAGGAAAUGCUUAAAAUAAAAAGAUGUUAGAGUGAUGCAUCACCUGCCCUGCAUGCAAAGACAAAUCUUUGGAAGCAAUUUGGGCAGUUUAGUCUGGAGAAGAGAUCAGUGAUCGCUCUCUUCAAGUACCUAAACAAAUACCAGAGUUCCUCCAUUCCCUUCCUAUUCAUCCUCAGUUGGCAGCAAUUUUGGGUACCACAAUUUAAGAAAUAUGUGAACAAAUUGGGGCAUGGAAAGCAAAUCGCUUGAAGCUGCUUUGUUGGGAGAAAGGUGUGAUAGAAAUAAAAGGAAACAAAUGAAUAAAAUAAGGGUGAAGAAAGCUUUUUAGCUCAGAAAAGAGUAGAGAGACAGUGGCCAUCUUCUAAUACCUGUGGGAGAGUCUCAAAUGAGAGCAGAGACUUGUUGUUUAAGAUGGCAGGACUAGAUAUAAUGGCCAGAAGAGGAGAGCUUUUGGCUGAACAUUAGGAGAAAUCUCUUGAGAGUAAGAGCAGACUGAGAAUGGAAUUAUUUGUUUAUAAGGUGAGGUAGCUUUCCCUUGUUGGAAAUCUUCAAGAAGGUGCUGCUCAGCAAUGUGUUAGGUAUGCUACAUACACAUAUAUUCCUCACCUUGCCCCUUAACUAUAGAAAACAUGGGAGGAUUACACAUGGAAAAUUCACCUUGUAAAUGUCUGUAAGUCAGGGAAAUUAAUGCACUUCACUUGCAAGCACCUCUGUUUAAAAUCCUAUCAUGUUAUACUUGUAUUAUACAACACUACCCUUGCAAUUCUAGCAGGUACUAUUGAGUCAGCUUUGGUUCUUGAAAUAUGAAAUUUGCUGCUAUUUCAUUGACUAGAGUGAGAAAGUUUUGCCAAUCUGUGAAAGACCAACAAGACAUUGACCAGUGGGUCCUGAUCUACCUCAGUGGGUUUCAAAUUGUAACUCAUCUUUGUUGGAAAAAGAAGGCAGAGAUAUCUCUCAGUAAAUGUGACCUGUCACCUUCUAGGAUGAAUUGUGUCUAACGGUGAUACUGGGCAAGGCAGAGUUGGAGUCCUUGCUUUACCUUGGAUAUAUUUUGUUGCAGAACCCACCUAGAACUAAACCUACACUGUGUGUGCACUUGACGACAAAACGCCUGUACCGUGACAAGCAGAGCCCCCCCCCCCCCCCCAUUGCAGUUGCUUGCCCCAUUUGUGGAUUUUUCAACAUACUGAAAUUGUAAAGGGCAAAAUGCUCUCAACAAAUCAAUUGCUUUUUUUUGCCAUGGGGAAGCGGUUGUGCCCCAGGCGGAUGGGUGAUGGAGACGAUUUUCCUUGAAAUGAUGUAACUGUGGCGGUGGCCUUUUGCUUACAGAAUAAAAAAAUGUGUUUGGGUGACAAUG